AUGAAUAAAGUUGUGAUGGGUUCGAUUCUGUUUUUCAUGUUGGUUGGUUCGGUUCUUGUGGUGGAGGCUCGUCCGUUGGGUUUAACGAAGGCCGAAGAGAAGCUUGUGGCUAAGUUCUUCGAUGGUUUGUCACUUGGGGCGAUUAAAGACUCGGGCCCUAGCUCUGGUGGUGAAGGUCAUCAGUUCGUGGACCGGAGUGAGACGCUUGGAUACGGUAAGCACUCCGGUCCCAGCUCGAGUGGACCAGGUCACUAA